UGAUACGGAACAACACUAAUCUAAAACAUGGACGCAUGGCUCGGUGACAGCGGCCGCUUCGAUAUAUCACAAAACACUUUCAGGCCUUUUACUAUUGAACAAUUUUCAAACAACACAGUCUCAGAUUUAAAAUAUUUAGAUUUAGACAAAAGAUUUAAUGUUUACCAAGUGCGUAAUGACGAAGAAAAAGCUCCCGAAAGCAGAGUGACGUCGAAAAGCGAAUUAAUUUCCAAGGACGGCAGUAUAGAAAAUCUUGUUGGAUUUUCAUCUCAUGAUGACACGGUGUUGGAUAUGCAAAACUCGAGUGACAUCUCAUCAACCAUGGAUAAGAGCAAACGGAAGCCGGAGGACUGCAGCGCGAGGUACAAAUGUGAAUAUGAGGGUUGUGAACGCACAUACAGCACUGUUGGAAACCUGCGCACACACAUGAAAACACACAAGGGUGAAUACAGGUUCAAAUGUACGAUGCAAUCAUGUGAGAAGGCAUUCCUUACGUCAUAUAGUCUGAAGAUUCACAUUCGCGCGCACACUAAGGCGAAGCCCUUUGCUUGCACUAUCGGCGGCUGCAGGAAAGCUUUCAAUACUUUAUACAGGUUAAGAGCACACCAAAGGCUGCACAGCGGCGACACGUUUAACUGCAACGCCGAUGGAUGCACGAAGUUCUUCACAACACUCAGCGAUCUAAAGAAACAUAUACGAACACACACACAGGAGAGGCCUUAUAAAUGUCGAACAGAAGGCUGCGGCAAGUCGUUCACCGCGUCGCACCACCUGAAGGCGCACGGGCGCACACACUCGGGCGCGCGGCCGCAUGCGUGCACCGAGCCGGGCUGCGGACGACUCUUCUCUACCGCCACCAGUCUUAAGGCGCAUGCUAUGAAACAUCAGAUUAAAGCUGAACCAAUUCUUAAAAAAGAUGUAAUUGAACCUGUUCAAAGCCAAACGCAAGCGACCAAAACAACUGAAGAUCUUAUGAACUGGGACAGCCUUCUCGAAUCAUUCGGGAGAAUCACUACGGAGUCAAAUUCAACCGAUGGCAGUUUAGAGGACAUCACUAAAGUAGACACCGUCGAUAUAACCGAACUACUCUUCCCAGAUAACAAUCAAACCAAAAAUAUCCAAACUGAUGAUCUAGCCGUCGACUAUGAUUUAGCCAGCCUGUCGCUUUCGCCAUUUGCAGUUGACAAGACAGACAAAGAAAAACCUCUCGAUGAUCAUUGGGUUGACGUCAAUGAUCUACAACCAACUGUGCCUUUGGCACCACCCAUGAUAGUCUUAGAACCUCCUAAGUUUGAGGUAAAGUCUAAAGCGAUGCAAUUGGCACUAGCUAAUGAAAUCGAAGACCAGGCUCCAUGGGUAGAUGUCAGCGCUUUAGCAGCUUCGAUAUCAGAAACUCCAGUGUGCAUCAAAGAAAAAACGCCUGAAAGCAUUUUCACUCUAGCGACGUUCGUCCCCACUCACAUGCAGAGUUACAUUGACUUGAGUACAGAAGUUGCACCAACUGCCAAUAUUAUCACACACGACUCGUUCAAUUUAGAUACCCCAAGCGUUCUAGAUGUAGGCGACAAAGUGUUUAACGAUAGUGAAAUAGUCACAAAUCUUGAAACUAAUAAAAUUGAAAACGAUAUCGACUUAUUUUUGGGGUCUGAUGAAGAUAGAUCACUAAAUACGCCGCCACCUUCUAAAGUACAACAAAACAUUGAAAUAAACCCAGCUAACUCAGUUCUGUUCAACACAGAUUUAGAUUUGGAAGAUACAUUAUUAUUUGAUAAUGAACCUCCCUCUGAUAUGUAUGUUGUUAGGACUGAGAAUAUAUUUGGUAAAGUUGCUAAAAGGAAUACUCUGGAACAAUUGGCGGCUGACGCUGGCAUUUGUUCUUGUACAGAAUGUAAAUGUGAUCCCGGGCUUGGUGAGUGCAGAAACUGUGCUCAUGAAGAGCCUGUUAAAGAAGGUUGCAAUGAAGAUACAUGUUCCUGUAUCGAUUGCAAAUGCGAUCAUGCAGCAAUGAAGUGUAUGGUAGGGUGCGGACAAGCCACAGACACAAACCACAACACGUUUUUGCAUUAUCACAGACGGCACAAGAACUCUAACUUGGAAGAUUUAGGAAUUUUCACUGUCCACGAAAGCGACGAAACAUCAGCUGUGGUCGAAAGUUUGUCUUGUUCAUGUAAUUUCAAUUGCGAUUCUAGUGGUAAAUGCGGCCAACAAAAAUCAGAAAAGAAAUCGUGUUGUAGUGGCAAUAAGUCGCCUUCUGAAGGUAAAAAUUCGUGCAGCUCCUCAAAAAUGACCAGCUCGGAAAAAUUGCCUGGUUGUGACAAAAACGCCGGCGAUAAGGAUCCCUGUUGUAGUGGAGAAAAGGCGUGUUGUGUUACGAUCUGUUUCAAAAAACUCGACGCUUUCAAACAAUUUCUCUCUGACAACGACCUCAUCCACGCGUUGAAAUUGCAUAACGUUAACCUAACAUCAAGUUAAUAUUUGUAGCUUUUAUAAACCAUUGCAUUUAACUUCGUACAAAAGCAUUGAGUUUCUUGCAUUGCCAUCCUUACAAUGUUAGUCUGCCCUAAGUGAUAUUUUGUCCAAUAUUAAGCAUAAUUUUAAAUAAAUUGUGUUUUGUUGUUUUAUAUUGAAUAUACAAUUGUAUGUAUUUUGAUGUAGAAAUUUUAUACAAGUAUAUAAUGAAUAGAAAGAUCAAUAUUUACAAUGAAUUGAUGCAUCUUGUUGUUUUUCAAGAGAUUUUUAUUGUUGUUUUGAAUAUGCAAUACAAUUUUUGAUUUUCUUCUACUAUCGUUGCUCUCUGUCCGAAUAUAUUUAUCAAAUGUUGAUACUUACCUAUGUAACCGAAAUUUCUAAAUACGUAAACAUUACAACGAAGUUGUACACUGAGAUUUUUAUUGUUACGUGUGAGAAUAAUUUAACUGUUAAUAUGCAUCUUUAAUAUGAAACCGAGUGUCAAUCAAGUGCCAUAGAUGGAAGUAUAUGCAAUGAAUAUUUUAUAUGAAUUUCUGAUGUAAGAAACAUAAUGUUUGGUGCUAUAUAUUUAGUUUUAAGUCAUCCAGUGCCUUAAAUGUUGUUGUACUUACAAUGUGUUUUAACUGUACAAAUGUUGAAUAAUUUUAUAUGAGAUUUUUAUUCAUUAGUUUUUAAUAUAGAUGCAAUAAUAUUAAUGCUGUAAGGUUUCUAGUCCACUUAACAAAUAAAAUGCUUUAUAUUA